ACGUGACAAAACAAAAUGGCGAAUCUUUAGCAGAACUAAUUUGGAGUUGUGCAUGUUCUCCACAUUGAGCUAAGAGUCUGAGGGAGACGCUGUUUUAAAAUGGAGCCUGCAUCACAGAAUGGGGAGCAGCACGUGCCUCUGUCUGCUCAUGUCUCGGCUUUGUCCCUGAACGUGAGUCAGCAGAAGGAUGAGGGGCAAAAUGGCAGUAGGGAUGAGAGUGAGCUGUCGUGCAAUCCUCUAGAAGAGGAAGAUGCUGCUGAGAGAAGUUCUCUUGCCCAAUCGAGGAAGAGCAGUGAUGAUGGAAUUGUAAGUGAUCCCCCUGAAACCCAGGACAGUAAGAGUGAGAGUAUUGAGGCUUCUCAUCAUGGUGUAUUAGCAGAAACAACUUCUAAAAGUAAUGUCAUUUUCGGGGAAAUAGAAUUGUUGGAUUAUAGAAAUGAUGGUGCUCAGGAGAACCGGACUUUCAAAAUGAUUUUGGAGGAUUUUUAUCUUGCUGUGGAUGAAGGAGAUGCUGAAUCAAUGGAGAGAAUGGUAGGCAGGUACAAUCUUGAUGUGAAUAUAAUUUUUACAGCGAGUUGUGAAUUUAUCAAAAGGAAACAUCGUGGUUGGUGUGCCAUCCACAUGGCUGCCUCGCACGGUGACUUGAAACUCAUUCAGUAUUUGCUUAGUGAAGGAUCUGAUGUGGAGGCUGUGACACCUGAGGGAGAGACAGCAUUGCAUAUAGCAGCUAAGCAUGGGGCUGCUGAUGUUGUGGGUUUACUGUUAGAAUGUAAUGUGUUUCUCAGAGAUAGGCAAAACAACCAGGGAGUGACAGCCCUGUUAAAAGCUAUCUUUAACUCCCAGCAAGCUUUCAAAGGCAACUAUAGACGUUGUGUUCAAUUGUUGUUAGGUAGUGGGUGUAACCCAAACAUUUCUUCUUCCUCUAAGGUGACUGCUCUUCAUGUCGCUGUUGAUAAAGGUGACUCGCUGUUGGUUUCUAAACUCAUCGAUGCAGGUGCUAAUGUUAAUGCUCUCUGUGAUCAUAAAACCAGUCCCCUGCUUCGUGCCUUAAUCUCUAAACAUGUCAAUUCAGAAAUCGUCAGUAAAUUGCUUGAGGCAGGUGCUGAUACUCGUCUCAAGAUGAAUGGUCGAUCUAUGCUGCACAUUGCAGUCUCAAGGUGUGACGAUCGUAUCAUUGAGUCAUUCCUACUUAGUGGAGCAGAUCCGAACUGCAAGGACCAAACAGGCAAAACUCCUCUGUGGGUGGCAGUGGAGGAGAACAACAUCAAAGUUGUCCCUAUUCUAGUCAAAGGUGGAGGAAUGAUCAACUAUGUGCGUGAGCCACAGUGCAUUUCACUGUUGUCUCAGGCCAUAAUCCUCAACUCGCUACCAAUGGUCAAGCUUCUGUUGGAAUAUGGAGCCACCACACACACGGAAACCUUCAUGUGGUCAACACCGCUGCAUAUAGCUGUGGAUAUGCAAAAUGUGGACAUUAUCAUUGAACUUUUGCGGGCUAACUGCCCCCUUAAUACCACAAGUAAUGCUAAGUAUGCUUUUCGACCCAUGACCCCCAUCAGACUUGCCAUGGAGUUGGGGAACGUUGAAAUUAUUUGCUUGCUUAUGCAGGCUGGGUGCAAAGUGCAGUGGUCUUGGCUUCGGGAGGACAGAAUUUCUCUUGCCCUAGCCAGUAAACCUGAUGCCGUCAAUCAUAUUCGCAGAUUUCUUUCAGACAUUCCUUCUCUACUUCAUUUGAGUCGGUUGACUUUACGUGAGUACAUGGGACACCGUUUUGCUGAAGUAAUGCAUGGUUUGAAUGAGCAAGCUAUUAUUCCACAAAAAAUGUCAGACUAUCUUUUACUAAGAGACGUGUUGGACUAAGUUUAUAACCAAGAGGGUGCUUACCUUUUGAAUCAAUCUGUGUUCGGUCCAUGUGUUCUAACACAGGACUUUCAGUUGUCAUAUAUUAAGAUUCACAUUGUAUAAUUAAUUUUUUUUAUUUUUGGGGAAAAGAAUAAAGUAGUAGUUUUGUCAGCAGGAUUGGAGUGGCAAAAUGAAUAAGACUUCUACUUUUGUGAUUAAUCUGUUACUUUUAUGUUGGUCUUGUGAAUGUAAAAUGUGACUGGAAAAUGAAGAAAAAUGGGUAUAGAGGCAAUGUGAAUGUGAAGGAUUUUCAUUUUUCUCUCAUUCAAUGCUUGUUCUUUUACUUCUCUCCAAAGAAUAAGUUUUUUUGGGGGUUUUUUUUAAGCGUGAGGAUCUUUCAAGUCACCCAACUGUCAACUGCACCAUGCACACAGGUGCAGAUACACACAUGAGCAAGGGAACAUCUAAAAGUAUUUGAUUCAUUGAUGUGAGCUUUGAUUAGGAUCUUUCUUCAUGACAGUAAAUUCAAAUAAGGGGUUUAUGACAUCAAGUUGGAGAUUUCAUGCACCUCUUCCUUCCAUUUGUAGGGUGACGGUACAUGCUUGCAUUGGCUUGCGUAGUAAUGAUAAUGCUCAAAGUACAACUUUUUAAAACCCAACUAAACUAUGGGGUCGAUACUGUUUUAUCAGAAAAUAUUGUCACAAAUUUUGACCACUUCCUUUUCGCUUUUUUUUUCAAUGGUUGUACUUUAUAAUGUCACUCCUACUCUUACAAUUACAUGUACAAGGCCUGAGAUCAUGUGUUCUGAUGUUUGUAUUACAGAGCUAGUCUAUUUUGUUUGAAGAGUAAUGUUCUUCUGUACAUGUUGCUGCCCUAAUAAAAAGUGGUUGUGGUGUGGGGAUGGUUUGGUGGCUGAAGCUACCUGACUUACCAAGCUUUGCGUAGGUCUAGUCAAUGUCAGUAAUUAUAUUGUAAUAAAGACUAGCAGAAUUUUAUCACACCAUGCAGCUUUCUGCGCCCUCUGCCCCCCAGGAGACUGACAGGAACAGCAAUCAACUCAGCAUUCCAGUUGGCUUGAAAUAAGCUGUGUAAUUGUGUUGUAAAUGUCAAAGUGGACGUUUGAUUCGUUACUUGUUCUUUAUUCUGUGUAAAAACCUAUGACUUGUAAUUUUAUUAAAUUAUGGUGCAACAGCUCCAGACUUUACUACCAAAUCUGUUGUUCCAUGGAGAAAGAAAUGUUUGGUGGCCAGUGAUCAAGUGGUUAGUGAAUAAUAUGGGUUUCCCUAGAAAACCAAUUAAGCAUUAAUGGUGGGGGCAGCUCGAAGUUGCAGGUGAGGGACCACCUUGGUGUUCUAUUCAUAUUAUUAUCACGACAGUUCACCAUAUGUACAUGGGUCAAAAAGGGUGCUGCACGGCAAUGACCUGUGAUGAAGUGCUUAAGUUUGAAAUUGUCGUUAUAUUUUAAAUAUUAUUGAUGCAUUGUGCUUAUCAGAGAGUGAAAGACAUUUCCCCAAUGAAUAACCUUCUUACUAACUAACAUAAUAAGAAUUGUGAGUUGAAAAGUCGACUUUGACGGUUUUAUGAAAUAUUCAACUGUUAUAUUUUUUACAAUAUAAUAUUUUAGACUCCUGUAUUUGCAACUGAAAUUGUUGUAUUUUUUUUUUCUCUUGAUUCGCAAUUUGCUUUGGUCAUAGUUCUAUAUUUUGUCAUCUGUUUUCUCACUUCCCAAAUUUUCCCUUGCCAUCAUUUUCCCAUUCUCAGUGUAUUGAUUUUCCAUUUAUACUAACAUUAUAUAACGUUAAUAAACAGAAUAUGAACAUUGUUACUAUUAGUAGGCCUAUAGUAACUAUUUUGAGAGUUUACACUGUGAGAGAUGCAAACAAAAUCAAUGUUAUCUGCCUUUAUGUAUUCUGCCUUGAGAAUAAACCAGUGCACAAUGUAAACAUGGAAUGAAA